UAUAACCACAACAUUUCUGUGAGCUCUCACGCGUCUCCUUUCCUCACCUCCAUUGUGCCUCUAGACCUACAACAUGGAGUCAUUGGUAUUAUUUUUUUUUUUACCAAACCUGCUUAAUCGCCACUAUGAGCCUGCAUUAGCAUGUUGCCACAUUAUUGGUCAGAGAGAGAGAUAGGUCUUUAUGUUUUAGGAGAGGAGAGAGAGGAAAUUAUGCUUAAAAGUUUCCUAUUCCUUGGAAUGAGGCCUGAUAGUCUGCAUGACUCUGAGAGAUAGGUCUGAAUAUCCGACAUAGCCAAAUCAAGCUCCUCUAUAUAUUGUAUGUAUUGUAAAAAGAUAAGGAUACAUAUACGUAGGCCUAUAAUAAUACUCAUACAACUGAAUCACACAUUUAUUCAUUUACCCGCCAUUUAUGCAAAAGUCAUUUGUAUUUAAAUAUGUACAGUUCUUUGAAGUUGUUAUUUUAAUAGUAUUUCUUUAGUUGCCAAGAGUGAACAUUUCCACCUGGGGAAUGAUGCCAUCUUAAAGUGCAGCAAUAAGACUUGGAGUGAGAUGAUCUACACCAUCUGGAAAAUAAACCUGGAUGGAAUAGAGUGUCAAAUAUCAUCUAGUAAUGAUAACCAAAAUCUGAACACAUGCAAUGAUGGAAAAGCCAUGCUCAACACAUCCAGGGGUGAAUCCUACCUGCGGAUUCCUGAUUUCUCAAACAGAGAUGAGGGAAUCUACCACUGUGAGUCAGUGUACAAAGCAGGGAGCUACGCCGCAAACAUUGAUGUAUCACUAAUAGGUAAGAAACCUUCAUAGAUCUGUACAGUUUAGCAUGACUUCUGUGUGCUUUCAUUUCUCUAUAUUCCAAAAUAUUUUAGCCUGUGUUGUUCUCAAUAUGCCUAUUUCCCCUCUCUUCCCCCUGUGUGCAGCCCCUCCCAGUGUGUCUGCCUGGCUAGAGUGGGAGGGCAGUAGGCGGGUGGCUGUGUGUUUGGCUGAAGGAGGGAAACCAGCUGCCUCCAUCUCCUGGAGUGACAAAUGGAACUCUACUUCAACCACCACAUUGAACCAAGAUGGCGUCAACAAAGUAGAGUCUCGAUUGGUCCUGCCUGAGGGGAUCGCUACGGGCAACCUGACUUGUUCUGUCAUACAUCCUUCCUGGGAAGAGGUGCAUAUGGUGACACCAGGUACAGACUGACUAUUUAGAAUUUAGAAGGACACUGUAUUUAGAAGGACACUGUAUGACUAAUAUCUCACUCUUUUAGAAUAGGAGUGAACAUCGUCGCUUUUUUGGUCAUUAAAAUCCUUCAGAGCACCCGUGCGUCAAUCUAAGUAACAUAAUAAAAAAAUCCCCAUAAAAUUUGUCAGUUUAAGCUAGAGAUAGAUGUAAUCACAAAUCUUGUCUAGUACAGGAGCUGACUGCAUGAGAAGUUCCAAAUUAAUUCAUUGUGGAUUUCAUUGUGAAUAUGAAACAGAAAUGAAAGCCAGAUGUUUACUAGAUUGAAUGUAAUUGAAAUAUGAUGGUAUGAUGGUAACCCACUGGACACAAACUGGUUGAAUCAACGUUGUUUCAGAGUAAUUUGUCGACAUAUUGUGACGUGGAAUCUACAUGGAAAAUACAUUGGAUUUGAAAAAAGUAAUCAACUGUUGUUUUGAGGGUGAAAUUUAAACCACAGGAUUAUGUCAUCAUUGUAACCAAUUUUCAACAUAGACAAACCUUGUAUAAAAUAUGUUGAAUUUGUACCUUUGAAACAACGUCAGAUCUUCAACGUUAUAUCCAUUAUCAGAAAAAACCUGAAAGGUUGGGCAACACCUCCUACUGCAGAGUUGAUCUAUCUACAGCUAUUAAUUUGGUCUCCCAUCCAGGGUUUUAACCAAACAAACCCAGCCCUGCUUAGUUUUGAUAUUUGCUACUGACUACUACCAAUGUGCUAUCGUGAGAAUGAUUAUUAGGAGAUCUCUUAAUAACUAAAUAUUUUCACUGUUGAUAUCAAAGUCAUUCCAAAGGGUAGGUUUAACAGAGCAAAUAAAAUGUAACCAUACUUUAUAAGUCAUAUAUUGUUUCAUAAAAAAUUAUAUUUAGGCCUAUAUAGCAUUUGCAAAGUCAUCAACAGCUAUUGUUUCAAAGCAACCCAGUGUUCAACUAAAAAUAGAGAAUACAUAUAGGGCUAGGGUUUCAAUAUUUGGUUGAUUUCAAAUGUAAUCAUUAAUGUGUUGGAUUCACGUCUCCAUCUCAACCAAAAAUGUAAGUUAAAGAAUAUGACUAAAUAAAAUUAAACUUCAAAUGCACUUUAAAUAAAGUUUGAUUUGAUUUAGUCCUAUUCUUUAACUUUGAUUCUUGUUUGAGAUGGAGACGUGAAUCCAACAUAUAAAUCAUACAUUUGUAGACAAACUGGAAUUAAAGCCAGACUAAGGGCUCUAUUCAAUUUGUAAAGCUGAAGCGUUAGAGAUUCUGUGCUACAAUUUUAAAUGUCAUUUCCGAUUGAGCCAACAUAUCAAAUCAAAUCAAAUGUUAUUUGUCACAUACACGUGUUUAGCAGAUGUUAUUGCAGGUGUAGCGAAAUGCUUGUGCUUCUAGCUCCGACAGUGCAGUAAUAUCUAACAAGUAAUAUCUAACAAUUUCACAACAUAUACCCAAUACACACAAAUCUAAGUAAGGAAUGGAAUUAAGAAUAUAUACAUAUAUUGACGAUCAAUGACAGAGCGGCAUGGACUAAGAUGCAGUAGAAUAUUAUAGAAUAGAGUAUAUACAUAUGAGAUGAGUGAUGCAAGAUAUGUAAACAUUAUUAAAGUGACUAGGGUUCCAUUUCUUAAAGUGGCCAGUGAUUUCAAUAGGCCUCUAAUGUGCUAGUGAUGGCUAUUUAACAGUCUGAUAGACUUGAGAUAUAAGCUGUUUUCAGUCUCUCGGUCCCAGCCUUGAUGCACCUGUACUGAGCUCGCCUUCUGGAUGAUAGCGGGGUGAACAGGCAGUAGCUCGGGUGGUUGAUGUCCUUGAUGAUCUUUUUGGUCUUCCUGUGACAUCGGGUGCAGUGUUUACCGUGAAUGCAAUCUCAGCUAAAGUGGGAACAUUGCCUCUAAAUUUCAAUCACGCUGUAAAGCUGAACUUCCGCGAUGCGGAUUGAAUAGAGCCCUAAAUCAGUGGCACAAAAAACACACUACUGGUCAUAAGUUUUAGAACACAUUUUACAUUUUAGUCAUUUAGCAGACACUCUUAUCCAGAGCGACUUACAGUUUUAGUGAGUGCAUAUAUUUUUCAUACUUAUUCAAGGGUUUUUCUUUAUUUUUGCUAUUUUCUACAUUGUAGAAUAAACAUCGAAACUAUGAAAUAACACAUAUGGAAUCAUGUAGUAACCAAAAAAGUGUUAAACAAAUAAAAAUAUAUUUGAGAUUUGAGAUUCUUCAAAUAGCCACCCUUUGCCUUGAUGACAGCUUUGCACACUCUUGGCAUUCUCUCAACCAGCUUCACCUGGAAUGCUUUUCCAACAGUCUUGAAGGAGUUCCCACAUAUGCUGAGCACUUGUUGGCUACUUUUCAUUCACUCUGCGGUCUGACUCAUCCCAAACCCUCUCAAUUUGGUUGAGGUCGGAUGAUUGUGGAGGCCAGGUCAUCUGAUGCAGCACUCCAUCACUCUCCUUCUUGGUAAAAUAGCCGUUACACAGCCUGGAGGUGUGUUGGGUGAUUGUCCUGUUGAAAAACAAAUGAUAGUCCCACUAAGCCCAAACCAGAUGGGAUGCUGUGGUAGCCAUACUGGUUAAGUGUGCCUUGAAUUUUAAAUAAAUCACAGACAGUGUCACCAGCAAAGCACCCCCACACCAUAACACCUCCUCCUCCAUGCUUUACGGUGGGAAAUACACAUGCGGAUAUCAUCCAUUCACCCACACAGCAUCUCACAAAGACAAGGUGGUUGGAACCAAAAAUCUCCAAUUUGGACUCCAGACCAACGGACAAAUCUCCACCGGACUAAUGUCCAUUGCUCAUGUUUCUUGGCCCAAGCAAGUCUCUUCUUCUUAUUGGUGUCCUUUAGUAGUGGUUUCUUUGCAGCAAUUCGACCACAAAGGCCUGAUUCACACAGUCUCCUCUGAACAGUUGAUGUUGAGAUGUGUCUGUUACUUGAACUCUGUGAAGCAUUUAUUUGGGAUGCAAUUUCUGAGGCUGGUAACUCUAAUGUACUUAUCCUCUGCUGCAGAGGUAACUCUGGGUCUUCCAUUCCUGUGGCGGUCCUCAUGAGAGCCAGUUUCAUCGUAGCGCUUGAUGGUUUUUGCUACUGCACUUGAAGAAACUUUCUAAGUUCUUGGCAAUUUCUGUAUUGACUGACCAUCAUGUCUUAAAGUAAGAAACUGUUGUUUCUCUAAAUGUUGAUAUUUGGUUGUGUUGUCAAUCAAACACUAUUCAAUAUAACUAUACAGUAAAUACGUAGCAUACAGUUAAGGCUGUCUUACAAUCUAAUGUAGGCCUAACAGUAUUUUUUCAACCUUAAAAUGAGUAAUACAUCAAUUGCCUACUGUAGCCUAACUAUAAAUGUCUUCUUAUGUAAUCAUAGAAAGCGUGCAUGUUCAAGAUAGCAUGCAAAUGUUACAGGUCUUUGGAGAUCUUCACAAUUGCUAUAAUAAUCUGGGCAGAAUCUCAAACAGCAUUAAUCACUUGCACUAUGUACUUUUAAUGUAGCCUAAUCUCAACUGCAAUCCAGGUCAUUUGGUUGUGCUAUUAGAUGAAGAACAGUGAUAACACAUUCAGUUGUAUAUAUACAAAAUAUCUGACAUUGUAUUCCUAUUUAAACUUUGGUGUGCUUUUAAAUGGUUGAAAGCGCAGUGAUAACACAUUUAGAUGACAACUAAACCAAAAUUCAGACAUUGUUUUUCUAUUGGAAUUUGGUUGUGCUUUUAGAUGGUUAAAAGCAUAGUGAUAACACAUUGGGAAUUCAACAAACUUCUGGCUGUCUUUUUGAGUAGGUGAAUAAUUGUUGAAAUCUCAUUGAUCAACGUCUCAACCAAAUAUUAACCACAUUUCCAUGUUGAAAUUACGUGGUGUGCCCAGUACGAAGUUUAUUCUGAUUCUGAUUAUUUAUCAUUUUAUCUCCCUGUCAGGAACCUUAAUUCCCUGGCGAUUAGUCAUCAUCUCUGUGGGAACUAUCAGUAUCAUCAUGGCUAUUCUGGGGGGUUUAUACUUCACACGAAAACACCCCUGCAAAAUUGGGUAUGAAUACUAAUUAUUCUAAUGAUUUUGAUCUUUUAUGAUAAAAAUGAUUUGGUUCAAUGUAAUUGCUUGUAUAAUAAAGAGCUUUAUCUGUGUAUUCACAGCCCCAAAACAACAUCUGAGUCCAAGGCUCCUCAGGUAUGUAUGCACCAUAUCCUACGUUGUAUUACAUGUCAUAUUACCGUAAGUCCUGCACGUUUUGCAUAGAUAGCAGUUUACUGUAAAUAGUGAUGAGUCUUUGUUUCUCUCUCAGCCACAGGACUAUGUGGAGGAAGUAGAACCCUACGCCAGCUAUGUACAGCGUGUCAAUUCCAUCUACAACUCCUCUGCAGACCUGUUCACA